GUGGGGAGAGGGGGCUCGGCGCUGUUCCCGGAUGUGACCCUUCGCCCGUUGAGUCCCGACUCUCUCCCACUGCGCGCGGAGCCCCCCCUUCCCUUGGCCCCCUGAGAGGAGGCCUGCUGCUUCCUGGAUCUCAGUAGGGCAGCCCCCUCCCCCGCGGGAACUCGGGGCCGUUGCCGGGGGACUGGCCGCCGCUUACGGCCAUCUCUUGGCCCAGAAUACCCCCCUCCUCAGUACCAGCCAGUACUGGCAGCAGGGCGGGUGUCUGCCCUGCUCUCCUGGCGCAACCUGUGGCCGGAGGGGCUAGGCCAGGCUCCGCGCUUGGUGCUGUGGGGCGACCAAGUUCUGCUGUGACCCAGAAUUUCCUAAACUUGUGUAUUUCUGGAUUCCAACAAUAGACUGGAAAUUGGAACAAUCCUAUAAUUUCCCAGAAUAAGAAGUGAUUAUGCAGCGAAGACAGAGAGGAGUAGAUGUUGGACUAAUCUUGCUACUUUCUCAAGUAUUUCAAUUUGGGCUUGAAAACAUUCCACCUGUAACACUUGGGACCCUAGCACUGAACGUUUUUCUUUUUUUGAAGCCUCUGAAACCACUGCUGAAAGUGUGUAUCAGUGUAGACCAAAGUUAUUACCAGAAAGACUGGCAACGUUUGCUGCUUGCACCAGUUCACCAUGCAGAUGAUUGGCAUUUAUAUUUUAACAUGGUCUCCUUGCUUUGGAAGGGGAUAAAGUUGGAACGUAAGCUUGGAAGCAUAUUGUUUGGGUAUAUAAUUGCAGUAUUUUCAGUGCUGAUUGGCAUUGUGUACAUGGUGUUGGAAUUUGCACUUGCAGGACUUCUGAAUGACCCUUCAUACAAAAUGAAUUGUGCCGUAGGCUUUUCAGGAGUAUUAUUUGCUUUGAAAGUCCUUAACAAUCAUCAUCACCCAGGAGGGACCAGCAACAUCAUGGGAAUUCAUGUAUCCAGAAGAUAUGCUUGUUGGCUGGAGCUUGUGGCCAUUCAUUUAUGUUCCCCAGGGACUUCUUUUGCUGGGCACCUGGCAGGUAUUCUUGUUGGAUUGAUGUACACACUGGGGCCUCUGAAGAUGCUCAUGAAAGCAACUGCAGGUGGCUUUUUCUGCUUUAAUGAUUCUGUAAGACAGAGAGACUACUACUCAGGGUAUUCUAGACACCCAAGUUAUCCAUACAACAUACCAGGAAACUAUGACAUGUACACUGGUGGGCUUACUGAAGAGGAACAGUUUGAAAGGGCAUUGAGAAACAGUCUUCAUGACAGAGGUUUUAGUGCAGGAAGUCAUAGCAAUGAGAGGCGACCUUAUGGGUUUUGGUUUCCAUCUGAACAGCUAUCAGAAGAGGAAGUGAGAAGACAAAGACUUAAUAGAUUUGAGAGAUGGUGAAAUUGCCAAGGGUCUAAUGAAAAUAUGUAAAGUGCUCUUCAAAGUUGCCAAAAUGUUUGCAGAUCUGUUCAUUUAUACAGUUUCUAUUCUAGUUCAGAACUAUUUACUACUGGCUACAUAAUUUAACAGCAAAACAUGCCAAGGAUUUUGCAAAAUACGGCUGAAAAUCUAGGCUUAAAAUAAGUGGCCAAGGGUGUGGUCCAAGAGCCAGAAUGUGGUCUGUGGCUGCCCUCCAUUUUGCUGUACUUAAAAUAUGAAAGAAAACUGGUUGACUGAUGAUUGUAACAAGCCGCAACUCACUUCUGACAUUUCUCUACAAAGGCUUUGUUAAUGCCUUGGCUUUUUGUUUGUUGAUGAGCUCAAUCAACAAUUUCUCUUCAUCUGUCAAGGGGAAAAAAGGGAAAAUGCGGAUACCAUAUUAGUGUGUGUCCUUGAUUUUAAAACUAUAUAAAUCAUCCUUGCAUAAUUCUCUUUGCCUGUGACAAAUAAUCUUUUUGGAUUGGUGAGUAAAAUGGUACUUUUAAAACAUCAGUGACUGAGCAUAUAUGUAAAUUAGGUACAGCCCUAUAAAUCCUGACAAGUUGCUAGCACAGCCUUUAAAGUUGCAGAAUUUGGUUCCUCUUGUCUAAAAUCAUUCCAUUCUGCCUAGGAUAUGUAUACAGUAAAACUCAUUUGUAACAUUUCACACUAUCUUGAUACUCCCAGCCUAUGGCCAAUAUGGUCAUCCUAAUAUUGCAGCCUUAAUUCUGAAAGUUCUUCCUUUUGUGGGGUUAUUGUACUUUUAUGUUUAUAUAUAUAUAUAUUUAUUUCUGGGAGAGGGGAAAAGAUUGUUUAAACAAAUAAAACUGAAACAUUUUCAAGGCAAGAGACUAAGUUGGAAUCCAAGAAGUUACUGUGUGUUGUUGACUUACCUAUUUCCCUUUUAAAGAAUACUUUGUAGACUAUAGGAACUCCAUCAUGCAAAUCUUUUUUCAUACAACUUUAAAAAUCAGACUGUUUCUCUUGAUGGACUACACUGGCUUAUUUGGAGCUUGGUUAUUGCUCAUAAGAAAGUGAGCUGUUGUAGGGAGAAGGAAGUAUACUGCCUAAAUAUUGGUGGCUAGAGGCAUUGUGCCUCCUCGGAAUUGUGGAAAGCACACUGGGCAGCAGGACUUGAUGCAUCUUGGAAAAGAUGUAGCCAGAAUUGUUCUUGAGCAGUGUGUCACGAGAGCACCAUUGCCCUGCUGCCACUUUCCUGAGACCUGCAGCCUGUGGGACUACUGGAGCCUGCUAGCAGCAUUAGCUGCCCCUCCUCCUCUCCAGUACAGUUAAUCAUAUAUUGGCUGUCGUACCUGGGACCCACUCGGGCAAAAGUUUCAGCGUGCUCUGUUCUUACACUAGCACACCUGUGCAGGUCAUUCAUAACUUGAUCUUUGCUGUGUACUGUAGAGAUCUGUCUUUCAGUUAAGUUUGCAAGUAGAAAAACAAAGAAAAAUGUCUUUAUUCACACAAAGUAGCUGAUAUGCUAAUAUUAAUAAAAACAGCUUUGUUAAUUUUUUGUCUAUUAACAUUGAGAACAAUUAUAUUUUAAAAACAAGUUUGAGCAAUGAAAUGCCCAAAUAGGCAAACCUCUUCUGUUUUGUUCUUUUCAGUCCGUAACAGCUGUUACCAUAUGAAACACAAUUCAUUGCCAUCCUACGGUGUGGAACUACUAGCAUCUCUUGAGCAUUGAUUUAUGUUCGUGUUGGGUUGAAAAGUUCUUGUAUAGAGUAUUUUCAGGGACCUAUCGUGAUCAGUGAUCUGCACUUUAUGAAAUCUUGAAACCUCUCCCUCUCCAUGAAGUUUUGACCUGGGUAUAUUAUUACAGCUGUAUGUAUUUUAAUAAUAAUAGCUGAAAGUUAAAUUACUGGAUGCACAGUAAAUACAUAUGUAUACUCUCUGGUUUUCAUCAAUAAAAGUCUUUUAUUUGCACAGGCUGCUUCCUAUCAUCUUCUUUGUCUCUUUCCCUUUUUGUCCAUUUCAUGCCAUGGAGAAGCAUGAGAUGGGCAUGCCAAAUGUUUGGCUUUUCAAGUGCAGAGCUAGAAAUCUUACUUGCAGAUACUGUUCAGACCCAUUAUUCACAGUGCUUUCUGGAGGACGCUCAAUACAGGAAAAAUUGUAUUGUAAAGGCCCAUUUUCUUGAUCACCUUCAGGAUUGCACAGUCGGUAUAAAGACUCUUUCUUGUUAGCUAGCUGUCCUUUGUAUACGUUAUACAUACUAGCCACAAACUAGAAUGGCUGAUAUUCAUUUAUAUUUAAAUAGGUUGAUUUUUCUAAUAAUUUCCUGCCUUCUUCACUGGUUGAUAUUUCUAAUAAUUUCCUGCCUUCUUCACUGAGUAAAUAUAACAAAGCAAGCAAAAGUCAACAUUUGAGUAUUUGUGAUUGUGCAUAUUUUUUAUCCUUCACCGGAACAUUAUCCCCUCCAAAACUGAUCUCAUUGCUGUGGUGUUCAGUUUCCAGUGUAGUUGGUCAUGUUCAUGAGGCUACAUAAUUUCAGAUAUUUAAAGCAGUCAGACUGAUAUAGGCAGAAAAUAUAUUGUAAAAGAAUGACAGUCUUGUGGCGUUUUUAGUACAAUGAAAAGUAUUUAAACAAAGGCAAAAAAAAUCCAUUUUAUGGCAUUUAUUUACUCUUGUAAUGUUGGUUUAGAAGUCUCAGCACAAAGCGACUUAGUGCUAAAGGUGUCUUGUGCUCCCUUAAAACAAAACUCCACGUGAUCACAGAAAUCUCAUGAGCUGGGUCCUGUUAUUGUCUUUCUUUUUACUAUGCCUUCGUAAGCACCAUUGUCAUGAAAUAUGUAUGGAUAAUAACCUUGUCAGCAAUAACUACGGAUUGUUAAACAUAUAGCUUUUUCACAUUUUCUUACUACGAAAUUGAAAUAAAUACUUGUUUUUAUGUUUCA